AUGAUAUAUACUCUGACCAUAACUUCAACAUCACCUCCCCACCAUCAGCUUACCACGCUAGACCCGAACAUCAACGAAAUUGCAAACAUACUGGAGCAUCGGUGCUUAGCCCGCCGACCGCGCGUAUACAUCGAUAUAUGGACACCUCCGCACCAACAACCCUUGCCCACUGCUCACAAAAGGUUACAGCGUGGAGGUCGGGUCUCAUCCAGAGCGCCACGGAUUGGGUACUACGUUGAUACAUGUUGCUUCAUCGGACUGGAGAGGGGCAAGUUGAUUUCGAUUUUUCACAACUUUUGCGUUAUUCGCAGAGUAGUGUGAUUGGUUGGCGAGAUCUUAUCCUGAGGAGGUGACUACGGGGGACCUCUCCGGUAACCUCCCUCAAGCUUCCGUCGCAAACAGGGUAAUCCUUAUUUUUUUCUCCUCCCACCUGCGCCCUUCACAACUAACUGCCCUUCCACCGAGGCAACAAAAUUCCAACUCCCAAGGCGAGAACAAACCUUCUUGUCCCGGCUUGAUAAAACCAUCGCCAACAUAGCCAUACUAGCCACCUCCCUUUACCCCACCAUCUCCACUUGGUCACGAAAGUGCUGAUCUCCGACGCCAAAGCCCGCACCGCAAUACAAGCCUUGGACAAGCUGGCCAUCCUCUCGCUCCUCUCUACGAUAAUCGCCGAAAUAUUCCGCGAAUCACUCGCAAAAUGGAUCUCAUAGCUGGAGGAAGUCCUUGUGAAGAUUCAGCGAGCAACGGAUAACAACGAGCUUGUGCGCAGGCUGGCAGACUGUAGAAAGGUUCUUGUAGGUCUUGCUAGUGUUCUCGGAGGGCUGUGGGUGUGGAUACGGUCGCCGAUGAGGUACAGGAGCGAAGGAAGGAACUCAGUGCGAUCAGUAGGAUAAUCGGCAAGCAGACAGGCACCACUGCUCAAAUAGAGCACGGGGAGGUGGAGGGGCAGCUUGAGCUUGUAGGGGACGGCGCAGGGGCGGAAACACAGGAUCGAAGAGGAUGAAGAUGUUAGAAUCCUGGAUGCUGCUCGGCAUGCUCAUGACUUUGUUGUCUUGUCCGCCGGCAUAUCCGUCCACCGGCACCUCCACCCGUCGGUUGGCAUCACUACCCGUCCAUCCACCAGUCUGCAUAUUUGCUGAACGUUCCCGGAGCCGGCCGCUUGUUCGUUCCCGCCUCUUCGCCCCUCCCGCCACUUGUUUCUUGGCGCAUUUGCUUUCUUCGGGCGGAGGUUUCCGUUGUGCGCUUUGGAAAAGCGCUUCCGACGGAGAAGGAUAUGAACGGCAAGUGAUUUCUGGACCGUCGGGAGUCUUUAUUCCUGUAUUUCAUUUGUUACCACGGGAGCCUGGGGGGCAGUGGGAGCACGGAUGACAAUGGGCGCUCGGAAGGUAAUUGUAGAGUCUUUGAGGAGUCUAUUGUUCACUCUUUUGUUAGCAUGGUUGAUAGGAUGGGAGGGCGCAGAGGAAAUGGAGCUGAGUGUGGGAGGUGUUAGAGAUACCGAAAUACGGUGAUCUCAGGAAGGAUAGGAUACGUGAUCAUUGUCGUUUAUUUAUACUCCUGUCUUUUCCUGUCAGUUAGUUUAGUGAGCUGUGGAACCCUUGGAU